GAAGUAUGCGUGAUCGAUGUCGGUCAUUCGGUUUUGAUAGACGUUUUGAAAAAAAAGAGCAGAGAAUCGGUUGUGGCAUUCGAUAUUUCUUUUUAAAUUAAUUAAAUUUAUUUAAAAUAGAAUUACGAAAGGAUAUGAAUUUGUGAUUGGAAAUUAUGAUUAGUGCAUGAGAAAAGUGAUUUGCAAUUGUAAUUUAUCGUUAGAAUAAAAAAAAUUGAAAAAAGAGCGAAAAGUGUGGGUCUUUUGUAUUUUUCAAUAUUAAAGAUCGAAAGGAUAUGAUGGUGGCUCGAAAAUAGUUUCUUUUUAUUAUUAUCGCAAAUUGAUUUGGAUUACGCGUGUGUGUGCAUCGAUAUUUUACACAAUUCCUCUGGUUGUUUCGAUGGGAAUGAAAACAAUGUGAUUUAUUUACAAUUUAUAUAUGAAAGGCGUUUUGCUUUUACGGACACGUUCUUUGACAAUUUUAACCAAUUAUACAAAGAAGGAAUAUUUAUCACAGUUUUUUUAAAGAAUAAUAAAAAAGAGAGAAAAAAUUAAGAAAAGAAAAGUUCUUCACGUGUGCUUUAAAACCAACAUAAACCUAAAAAUUGUAAAUUAAAUAAAAUAAAAAGUCCGACAAAGUUGUGCUCGCUUAGAAAGAGAAGCCAAAAAUAAAAAAGAAUUUAAGAGAAAAAAAAAACAAAAAUUUCGUUAAACAAUCGCUUCGGCAAUGAUUUGGCAAAGAAUAAAGUUAAAAGGAUCAGCUCCAACCUAAGUGCGAGAAAACACACAACCAGCCAUAAACCAAAUUAAUUAAACAAAACAAAAUUGUGUGCAACAUGUUUACGAUUACACAAACGAAUUUGAAAAAUAUUUUUUGAGUUUUUUCCAUUCAAAAAAUUACAUGCACGGCAAUUCUCUCAAAUUCCUUCCUUUCUAUAACACUAAAACUCCUUCGCGCAUUUAAAUAAUCCAGCCGAAAUUUCGUGUAUCAAUAAUAUAUUUCAACAAGACAACCAUCAUGAAUAGGAUUACUUGGGCUAUUUACUGUUUCGCAUUUAUUACCAUCCUGCCCAUACUGCCGACCCACGGCAGUGGAUUAUUCGAACUACGACUGAACAAAUUUAUCAACGAAAAUGGCAAAGACAAUCUGGGGAUGUGUUGCAGUGGCUUAACGGACGACACAGGCAAAUGCAUCGGCGAGUGUAAUACCCGGUUUCGGGCGUGUCUGAUGCACUAUCAGGCGAAAAUUGACGUGACAUCCAAGUGUACGUUCGGCGAUGUUGUGUCACCGGUGAUCGGACACAAUAAUGUCGAUUUUACGGCGCAAAGUGCACAACAGUUUAUGAAUCCCAUUCGAUUUCCGUUCGACUUUGCAUGGCCGGGAACGUUUACACUCAUCAUCGAGGCAUGGCACAAAUCGAAUGAAACAACAUCACGAUCACCUGAUGUUUUAAUAUCCCGUUCAUCCAUACAACGUGUACUGGCCGUAUCGUCUGAAUGGACAGAAGACUCGAAUGAAUCGGUCCAAUCAACCGUACAGUAUGCCUUCCGUGUUACAUGUGACGCUCAUUAUUAUGGUGAUCGGUGUGCGAAUUUGUGUCGGCCGAGGGAAGACGGUUUCGGCCAUUACACAUGUUCAGCGACGGGCGAACGCAUUUGUUUAUCCGGUUGGGAAGGUGAUUAUUGUGACAAAGCACGCUGCUUACCAGGCUGUGACGACCAACACGGGCAUUGCACCAAUCCGAAUGAAUGCAUAUGUCACACGGGAUGGAAAGGUGCACUGUGCGACGAAUGUGAACCGUAUCCGGGCUGUGUGCACGGCACUUGUCAAACCAAAUGGGAAUGCAACUGUAACGAAGGAUGGGGCGGUCUGUUCUGCAAUCAAGACUUAAACUAUUGCACCAAUCACCGACCAUGCCAAAAUAACGGAACAUGUUUCAAUACCGGCCAGGGAUCGUAUACGUGCCAGUGUUUGCCGGGCUAUCGCGGACAGGACUGUGAGAUCAAAAUCAGUGAAUGUAAAUAUGCCCCCUGCUUGAAUGGUGGCGUUUGCUUCGAGGAAACGUCCAAUCAAUCGUACCGAUGUGAAUGCCGGAAAGGAUGGAUGGGACAACAUUGCGAGGCGAAGACGGUCACGUGUGCGGACAAGCCUUGUUUGCAUGGUAAUUGUAAGGAUACGAGAUUGGGGUUUAAGUGUCAAUGUCCGAACGGCUACAGUGGAACGGUAUGUGAGCUGCAGAUUGACGAAUGUACCCCGAAUCCAUGCGAAAAUGGCGGCACAUGUACCAGUGGAGAUGGUAUGUUUAAGUGUGCCUGCCCGUCAGGAUUUGCUGGCAAACGAUGUGAAGAGAAUAUUGACGAUUGUCAAGGGAAUCCUUGUCUAAAUGGCGGCACUUGUGUCGAUCUGGUCAAUCAGUUUCGCUGUCAGUGUGUUCCAGGAUACAUUGGUUCGAAUUGCGCCAAUAAAGUUGACCUUUGUUUAACGAAACCAUGCGCAAAUGGUGGCUCGUGCAUCAAUUUAAACAACGACUAUCGGUGCGUUUGCCGUCCCGGUUUCACCGGCAAAGACUGCAGCAUCGAUAUUGACGAAUGCAUUUCACGACCAUGCAAAAACGGUGGCACCUGCGUCAAUCGAGUCAACAGUUUCCAAUGCGUUUGCCCGGGAGGUUAUCGUGGUGUCGAAUGUGAAGACGAAGCGUAUCCUGACAAUUAUGAUUCGACGCUAAUAUCGACGACACAUCACGAAGCACACAGCGGUCGCAGUGAAGGACUAAGUAAUGUACAAAUUGUUGUCAUCAUUAUAUCAUCGGUGUUCGUGCCAUUGAUUGCAAUGAUAGCAGCCGCCUGUGUUCUGUGCAUCAAAAAUCGACGAAAAAAUGCUAAAGAAAAGGACGAUGCCGAAGCGCGGAAACAAAACGAACAAAAUGCGUCCGCCAAUCUACACCACGGCAACGCAAUUUUAUCGUCAAAACGUAGCGCCAGCACCGGGCUCCAAUUCGACAGUGCCAAUCCGAUUGUCAUCAAAAACAAAUGGGACAAGGGCGUCAACAACAUAUCCAGUUCGGCCAGCGUUGACGAUUGCUUUCUGAAUACCAGCAUCUAUGCAACGUCCACGUACAGCGAUACGACCAGCGACUGUUGUGUCCAGCAAAAUAUACCGCCGUUGCAGCGAGCACGGUCGCAGAAGCAACUGAACACCGAUCCGUCGCUGAUGCAUCGUGCUUCGCAGAUACUGCCCAAAGAGUAUUCGUUCGACAAUAAACGGAUAUCGGUGGUGGGCGGCAGUGCGUUGAAUGGUAGUGCGAUGAGUGGGGACUCGUCGUUUUGUAGCAGUCAACGGUGGUCGUCGACGCAAAGGGAUUGCGGACUGUAUCCGCAUAUGUAGUGCUGUGUAAUUAAUUAAUUAAUUUUCCGUUUCUCGUUUUUCUUUUCGUUUGUCGACGUUUUUCUUUCUUGGUGUGCAGCUAAGGGUCUGAGUACCGUGUGAUUAUAAAUGUUAGACGACAUAUUAGGGUCGGAUGAACUUAAUUUAUUGAUUGUAAAAGACACACAGAGCUCGGUUCUCAGAUGGAGAAGAAGACGAAAAGACUGGAAAGGAAAGAAAAGUAAGGAAAUUCUGUUUUUUGUAAUUUAUUUAUUAAUGUUACGGUAAUUUAAACUUUAUUUAAGAGAAAAAGAAAAUUUAAGAACAGAAACAAACAAACAAAAAAUCAAAGAUAAGUCACGGCCAGUUCUGUGAAUGUUUUAGUGCAUGUCACCACACUCUUACAAUAAUAUUUAAACAGGAAAAUAAUUUAGAAAUUGUGUCUCACAACAAGAAAUUGAUAACGAAAACAAAACAAAAACGUUUUCUGUGUAACAAUUCGACAAGCAAACCAACUAUUUAUACACAAAACAAUCUCUGCCACAUGUAAAAAAAAACAACAAAAUAAUAAUUGUGAAUUUAUUAUACCCCGCAUACCUGGGGUAGAAGGACUUAAUUUAUUGAUAAAGAAAAUUUUGAUGAAAGAAAAAAUUGAAAAAUAAAAAAAUUUAAGAUGAAAAUUGAAGUUGAAAAAUCGGGCGUUUCUAGUGGUUAGUCAACCUCGCCAAGGAAUAUGGAUAAUUUCUUGACAUACUGGAUCUCAAUAUUUGACUCAAGACGAAGUGAAUAAGAAGCGGGAAACUUUGAUUUGAAAUUUAAGAAAGGCAGCUGGGAGAAAUUUACAAUUUUUUUUGGAAUGGUGAAAACAUUUUGAAGAACAGUAACACCCAACCCUUGAUUUCAAUUUUUAUCUUUUAAUAAAAAAAAUUAAAUUAUCGACCGGAAAAUCCUAUUCUUUUUAAAUAAAAAAAAAACACGCAAAGAACCCUAAUUACGAAAUGUGUAGCCAGUCUAAUUAAGUGUAAAACAACCGAAUUUUGUAGAUAGAAACUUUUCCGAUGAAACGUCCAAGUGAAUCGGAAUGAUGGAAUGUAACACCAAUAAAAUAACGGAGAUCAGUCAGCUACAGAUUGAGGAGACACUAUUAUCGCACAAAUUUCGGUUCUGCCGUGCAGAAUUGAUUGUGUUCGCCUUUUCCAUAUUUUUUGUUUUUAAUUUUUAAUUUUUCGUGGAAAGUGUUUGUUCGAUUGGGAUUAACGGUGUUUCUUCCUCUUUGCCAUUUCUGCAGAGAAGAAGAGAAACAGUGCGAAGAUGAUGUCACUUGUGGUUCAAGAUUUUCGUUGUCCUUUGCCCUUUAGUAAAGUUUUGUGAAAAAAAACCUUUUAUUUUCAGUUGGGACAUAAUGAACUAUAGUGAAUUAUAAAGAACAUGAAAUUUUUCGAUUUUUUUGUUGAUGUUGUUGAUUUAACGGUUCUUACAAUGAAUUAUGGACUUUGAUCCCUUCACAACAGUCAUUCGUCAAAUUCUAGUCUUAAAUCAAUUGAGUCGAACGGCCAGGCGCUUGUGUCAGAAAAUUUGGCUCCAUUCCACAAAAAUGUACUCGAAAAGUCGAUUUUCGAAAACGAAAAUUUGUUCCGCAAAUUGUCAUUCCCCAUCACGUAUGAUAGCUGAAAAGCUCGAAAAACGUAAACCGAUAGGAUUGACGCAAGGGACGCGACUACCA